AUGGCGUCACCUAAUGUCAGCACUCCUUCAGCUCCUCCAAGUCAACGAUGUACAACGUACACUACCCCCGACAACCGAACAAGACAAGCAAUCAUCAACGCAUACACUGCCGCAUUGUCUACGAAGCUUCCACGGAACCACUACCCCAUUCGAGUUGUGGCCAACUUAAACGGUCGAUUGAACGGGUUGUCGUCAACAGACAUAUCUGACAUAAUGUCCCUUCCCGACACAAUGCUCGGCAACAUGGCCCCGUUCAUUGAUUUGAUCCCGGGUAAGCCAAUGUUCAACCAAACGACAAAGUUCAAGCUCGUUGAAGACGCUGGAUCGAAGCUGAAGGUGUUGAUACCCAACAGUCCACCCGCAGUUGUGUUUGUUCGAGUGACACGUCCAAAGAACUUUGACGUGCUGCCUCGAGAUGGAUUGCACGACUCUCUGCCAGCUGACGUGUACCCCGUGUUCAAGUUCAAGCCUCAGGGAUCAACUGAGGUUACGUUGACGCCUGGCCCUGGUGGUUCAAAACGAACACUGAAGCUCAACUUGCAGCAGUUGCCGUUUGUCAACGCAAUUGCUUCGACAAUCUACAAGAUCCAAGGCGAGACAAUGGAAUCCCUUGUUGUUGCGGAUUGGAAAGCACGUGGCUCCAAGUUCAACAAGGUUGUCAACACGUGCCAACAAGGAAACAUCGCCAUCUCCCGAUUGACCAAGCGUGAUGGGUUUUCAGCACUGAAGCCGAUCACGAAUGAGCGCAUUCGGUACUUUCAGCCGAGCAGCGACACGAUUGCAGAGAACUUGAGGCUCGAGAAACUGUUUGCGGUCUAUCUGUCCCGCAACGAAAACACUGCCAACCACAGCACCUCCAUCGACGACGCCCUUGAAACGUUGUCGUUGAGUUCUCCGCCUCCUCGAAACAAAGGCAAAGCGAAGCGUCGGGCGCUCCCAGACCUGCCUUGCGUGGAGAGAUUGAGUUACGUUUCGUUGGCCCGGACUCGCGAUUUCAACUUGGAAUCGCUUCUUUCGCUUGAUGCCUGGAUUGGUGAGGACGUGAUCAACGUUUUCAUGGCAAGCCUGGUACAGUUUACGCCAAGAUAUGCCUUUUUGAACAGUCACUUCUUCGAGAGCAUGACGAACGAUCCAAGUCUCGAACAAGCCACCCGAAUCUUAGGAAGGUCAUCCUACGGCGCGCAAACGCAAUGUGUGAUCUUUCCCAUCUUUGUUCCUGGUCACUGGAUGCUUGGUAUUCUCGAUUUUACCCACCAGCGUUACGGCUUCUACGACUCGUUGCACAGCCCCCGUCCGACAGUCCUGACGACCUUGCAACGCUUUGUCGAUACCCUGGAUGGGCGUCAAGGUCAAUUACACGGCAUGGAGAUUCCUGGACCCCAACAACAUAACGGCUACGAUUGCGGAGUCUUCGUUUGUAUUGCUGCAAAGCAAUUCAUUCAGACCUACAGCACUGGCCCUUUUGAGCAUGACGACAUGGCAGUGUGGCGAUUGCACAUCCUCAACUGCAUUGCUCACUUCCUGCCAUUGGCGCCCCGGCCUUAA